CCAAAGAGGUGCACUGACAUAUUAUCCGGAUUUUGCUAAAGCGACUCAUUGCCCAGCCCUAGUCAAAACAGUUGGGUGCAGAGUAUGACACAUUCUAGUCUGAAGGAAACCUGAGCAACACGCAGUUUGGAUUAAGAAAGGGGACAGAAUGCACACAGUAAAAGCCCCUGCCUCAUGAGCCCAGUGCGUAUUAUGCGAGGUGGAUGACCUGGGUUUGAAUCCCGACUGAGGCGUCACUGAUGUUAAAUCGUUUAUAUUGUUUUCAAGGUGGUACACCGGAUUGCUUGAUCCAAUGGGAAACAGAUGUUACCACAUGUAUUGCUCUUCUAUAAUUAUAAUGGAUUAAUUAUGAGCUAAACUUUGUUUCUACUUUGAAUUCAAAGGAACGUAAUAAUGUCUAGGAAAAUCAGUUAAAUGCUUGCUAAAGACCUAACUAGUUAAAGACCAUUCCUCAAACUUACUUAGGCCCACGUAUACCUCCGUCUAGAUGACCUCUAGGGCACCAAGGAUGAUUGGGCAACCACUUUUAUCCAUCCUUCUCUAUUUUCAGUAUUUCGAAGGGCUUCACCCAACUUUAAACUUGUUCGUUCCGUUAUGCUGUCUUCCUACCUCUUUCUCUGCCUGCCUUCCCCUUUCCCUCCUGGUACAGUGCCCUGUAGGAUCAUCUUUGCAAGUCCUGUUGAUCUUUGUAUGUGCCCAUACAUAACGUCGAAAUUUGCGUUUUUUCAAGGAAGUGAGAAGAUUUUCAUUGGGCCCAAUGGCAUGCCUGACUGAUUCUGUCCCCCAAACUCUAGGAAUAUAAAACCUAAAGAAUGGUAUAGCCUAAACGCCUCUUCACCGUAGUCCCCUGUCACUAGCCGAUAUGAGUAUCAGCCUACAGGCCACUCCCUCCCCCCCUCCCCAACAAACCUUGGUCAAAGGCAGGAUCUACUAACAGUUUAUUAUUUUUUACCCCACAGUCAAAAUGUCUGGGAGGAAAGUGUCUGCAGUGAAGUUCAAUCCUGAUUACUUCAGGCUGCCGCAGCCUCUGUGGAUGAUUUCCAUUCCGUUUGGACUUUGGCUCUUAGCGAUGGCGACCGUGGCUCCAAAUAAAGUCCCGUCAUACUUGGGCCCAUUUUCAACUUUGGUUGAAUACAUGGGCAAAACAUACCCCAAAGGCUGUUAUAAUGUAAGUGUCUUUCUUCUAGCUGUGCAUUCUUUUGAAGCUGCGUAUGCUGGAAAGCUGUGCCUCGACCGCGGCCUCAGCGCCGGAGCGACCGCCAAGUGGACAGCAUCCACCCUCCUAUUUGGAGUAUCCUCACUGGCCAGAUUGUGGCGGGCGAGACCGGCUGUGAAACUUGCAUAGUAAUAAUUUAUUAAUAUUACCACAGUUGCUUGUCUUAAUUAACAUCAUACUAACUGAUACAGAUGUACCAAUUAAUGGUUUAAUUAGUAUUUUUUAUAACUGUUAGGCCUACAGAUGUGUCAAUUACUGUUUUACUUGAUAUCAUAAUAACUACAGAUGUAUCAAUUAAUGUUUUAUUAUAAUAACUGAUACAGAUUACGAGGGCAGUUAGCAAACUAAGGUUGAAAUCGCAAUAUUAUUAUAUAUAUAUUAUACAAUCUUAGAAAUAUAUUAUGUAUCACUCCCUCUGGAUUGCAAAGUUAUACCAGAAUCUGACACGUUUGGCCAAUUUGAGUUACUAAGACCAUGAUGCCAGAAACAAAAUGUUCUAGAAAUCUAUCUGCUCUGUCAAAAUGGUAACAUUAUUCGGAGUCGUUAUCGAAAUAUUCAAAGAAUUGCAUUCGAAA